AUGGCGGCCAUUGUGGCCGGUGGCGACGACGAGAUCAGUGAAGAGGCUGGAGGCGUGGGUUGGGACGCGGAAGAAGGGGCAAGGGAUACACUGCUACCGGUGGCAACGGCGGCGGCUGCAUGGCGACGGCAAGCUCCACUUCGCUGGACGCUGCUAAUGGCACGACAGAUCCUGUCCCUGUCUGCUAUCCCCUACCACUCUUCCAGCCUGUUAGGUGUAAGUUUGUCACAGCCACAGGAGCCCUAUCCCAAGUUUGCGUUGAGACUCUUAUUCAAGUUAACGGGUGGAAUCACAAAUCAUAACACGAAGGAACAAAUGGCUCUCCACCUCCGGCCUCUCCUCCUUCUCCUCUUCCCUAUUGCUACCAUCACGGCGAGUACAUUCCAUGGCUCCAUUGCCGGUGGUACCACGAUCAAUCGAACCGUUAUCGGUCGUGCCACGAGCUAUCGCCCAAUAUCGCCUGGUACAGCUGCUAGGCCCUUGCCUGCACCCCCGGCCAAGGUAACACCUACGACCCCAAGUGCUCAGCCUGCACCCCCGCCCAAGGUAAUACCUACGGCCCCGAGUGCUCUGCCUGCACCUAUUGGGACAACAAGCAUGAAAGUGAAAUCCUCCUCUGUAAGAAGAGUUGUUGCAAUUUUAGCUCCUGUAGUUGGCUUCAUUUUGCUUAGCAUAUUGUUCCUCGGCACCAAUUUUAUACGUAAACGAAGAACACAACGACAAUAUGAGAUGGAGAUGGAGGAAGAGUUUGGGGAGCUACAAGGAACACCAAUGAGGUUCACAUUUCAGCAGCUAAAAGCAGCAACCGAGCAAUUCGCAGACAAGCUCGGGGAAGGAGGAUUUGGGUCUGUUUUCAAGGGUCAAUUUGGUGAUGAAAGGAUUGCAGUAAAACGUUUGGAUCGAGCGGGUCAGGGCAAAACGGAAUUUUCUGCAGAGGUUCAGACAAUUGGCAGCAUUCAUCAUAUUAAUCUGGUGAGAUUGAUUGGUUUCUGUGCAGAGAAAUCGCAUAGGCUCUUGGUAUAUGAGUACAUGCCAAAAGGAUCCCUGGAUAGAUGGAUCUAUCAUCGACAUGACAAUGAUUCACCUCCCCUGAAUUGGAGCACGCGGUACAAGAUUAUCACUCACAUAGCAAAGGGUCUCGCUUAUCUUCAUGAGGAGUGCAUAAAAAAGAUUGCCCAUUUGGAUGUCAAACCACAAAACAUCCUCUUAGAUGAUAACUUCAAUGCUAAACUUUCUGAUUUUGGACUAUGCAAGCUCAUUGACAGGGAUAUGAGCCAAGUGUUUACCAGAAUGAGGGGCACACCUGGAUAUUUAGCUCCCGAAUGGUUGACAUCACAGAUCACGGAAAAGGCCGAUGUCUAUAGCUUUGGUGUUGUGGUCAUGGAAGUCAUCAGCGGAAGAAAGAACCUCGACAAUUCUCGAUCCGAAGAGAGCAUCCAUCUCAUCACCCAAUUGGAGGAAAAGAUUGAUUGCAAAAGAAGGCCUAAAAUGUCCGAGGUAGUCAAGGUCUUGGAAGGUGCCAUGAAUGCGGAGAGCAACAUUGAUCAUAACUUCGUUGCAACAAGUCAAGUGUAUUUCGGCGCUGCUGGAAAUGUGGUCUCAUCGGUUCCACCUCUAGCUUCACAUGUAUCAGGUCCCAGGUGAAAUGACAAAAUGUUGACAAGAUAGACAAUUAGAUUACAAGCAGGACAUGAGAUUUUAUUAUGUAAAGCAAAUGACAAGUCUGUUUGUAUCAUCUCAAAUUAUUAUAAUCUGAAGCCCCUUGUCUUGACUUAA